GCCCUUCCCGACGGUUGUCUCCCGUACCCACCUCUCUCAGUGUUAUCGUUCUCAUUGGCCAACUCCCACUGACCGUUCCCUCCUUCGUGGCUGCUGCGAUGGGGCUCUUAGCCUGCUGUUGUUUAUGGCCCAUUUUGCUGUCGUAGGCGCUGAUCAGCCCGCAUUCCCUUCGGACCAGCUCUCUAUUUUCUAUCUUCAAGGCCAACUUCAUCAUUUGGGCCAGCCCAAUGGGCUCCAGCGUUUCUACUUCCGACUUCAACCAUGGAUUUAACCCAUUCAUGAAGGUUUCCUCUAGCACCACCAUAGGCAGGGAAGCCACCGGUGCCAGUAGUUUAUCGAAACGGUUCCGGUACUCCUCGACAGUGGACUCCUGCUUGAUCGUUAAGAACCAGCCCACCAAUGUACCUUCCCUAGUUGCGCGGAACCUCACCAGCAUCUUUAGCUUCAAGUCAUCCCAACCAGUGAAGGCUUCCCUCUCUUCUUGUGAUCGAUACCAGUCCAACGCCGGCCCAUCGAAGCUGAUUACUGCCACGGGUCGCUCCUCCUCUGUUUUUACUUCUAACUUCGGCUCUUCAGCCGUCGCUGGAUAUAUUGCUUCGGCCAUGGUGACCUUGCUCGUGGACCCUUCUUCGGUCCUUCGUACAGUAAUGCCAGGUUCUCCUCGAUCAUCGGCAGCCUUUUCAUUUCCAUCUCAACCGCCUCCAACCGUUCCUCUGUUGCCUUCGUCGUUGACAUGAUCUGCCCAGGUAUGACGCUCUGAUACCAAAAUGUUAAGACACUUCCUCGUUCCUUUCUUUUACUUUCCAAAAGAACAGAGUACAGCACAAAAUCAAGAAAUAAAACACUUCAAAGACUAUUGUCAAUAGCCUUCCUAAGAUGGACAAAACAACACAGCAGAUAAAAUAAAACACACACAGUAUGUAAUAACCAAGAACACAAACGUAAACAAGAACACUCCCAGUAAUGCCCUCCUCCUCUUUCUACAAUCUCCUGCUACUUAAGCACACAAAAGAAACGGUAACCGGUGCCACCCUCCCCUUUCUGGAGGUGCCUGCUCCUGCACUAACGCAUCAAAACAUUCGUACCCCUCUUCUGCCCUCCUGUCCCCUUUUUAUUGCCCACGACUAACUAACUGUGGGUCCCACGCUCUGGUCCCCCAUCCUCCUUGCUUUCCUCCCCUCUAACACGUGUUACCUCUGGGUUGGUCUCAUGGCCAUGAUCCUUCUCGCCACUUGUCUCUCUUUCAUUGGCUUCAUGUUUCUUCUUAUUUUUCCUAUGGUAUGUAAAUAAGAUUGGUGGCCUAGCACAUUCUUGUUACAUUCUUGUUGUGUCCUUGUUAGUCCACAGUAUGCUGAGAAUUUCCCUUUGAAUAUAUAUAAAUAUCCAAACAAGAGAGAUCAUCUCUGUCUGGUUUUGGGAUUCUUUGUUGGGUUUUACUGAUUGCUGGUCUGAAACCUAAUAGUAUUUUCUUUUUACUGUUCGGCUUAUUGUAUCCAUUGCAGGAGGCU